GGCCGACCCAGGCUCGGGUUCGACGCUGUGGGUCUUCUGCGGUGUCGCGUGGCGCAGUUGGGCUCGGUUCGGAGAGAAAACGGAGGCGAACCGGUUCUGGUCCGCGGCACCUUUCCCCGAUCACAGCUCACCCGCGGAGGAAACCGGCCCGGAGACCCGGAGAGAACCGGAACCAGAACUUUUUGCCACUUUGGGAGAAACUUUAGAAAAGUGAGAAAGAUGGCAGACAGCGAGGAGCCGCAGGUCUCCUCCAGCAGCCCCCUGUUCGGCGAGGCCCGCCACUACCAGGCCGAACCGGAACCGCAACUGGACCCGGAGCCCGGCCACGACCUCUUCGGUUCGGACGACAUCGUGGAUCUGGUCGGCGGGGCUCAGGACGCGCUGGAGCGGCACAGGGCCGAGCAGCAGGGUGGGCUGCAGGAGCCCCGGGUGACUUCCACAGAACCGGAACCAGAACCAGAACCGGAGCCAGAACCGGAGCCAGAACAGGAGCCAGAACCUGUAAAGAAACCCGAACCGGUGGCGGUUAAGGAACCAGAACCCGCGCCCCCGGCCCAGAAGCCAGACCCAGACUCCACCAGCUCCGGCUCGGUUCUGGAGGAGCCCGAGGUUCUGGCCCCCCGAGCCGAGGCGGAGAGCUGGGAGCUCGGCCCGGCCCCCCCGGUGGCGGCCCCCCCGGUGGAGCCUCCUGCCCCCCCGGCGGAGCCUCCUGCCCCGCAGAGCGACGCCCUCCCCGCCCGCCGAGCAGCGCCAUCCCCGGCAGAAGCAGCAGCGCAGCCCGCGGUGACGCAGGAACCAGUGGCUCCGGCUUCGUAUGUGUCUUCUCCUCCUAAAGCUCAGCCUCAUCUUCUGAUGCAGUUCCCUACAGAACUUGGGCAGAAGGGUGACUCCCCUGCACCCAUCUCUCCCAUCUCCCCUCUCCACUCGCCCGACUCUCUGGAGGAGCUGUCUCUGACCGAGAGUCCCAACCAGCCCCCUCCUCCAGGAUCUUCUGCACCCCUGGGCUCCUUCUCCACCCCACCCCCCAGGUCCCUCUCCAAGGACACGCCCUGGGAGGGUGAAGACGGCGACUGUGGACCCGGCCGUGGUAAAACUAAGGAAGACCUUCUAGAUUCCCUAGCCGGUCCCUACCUGAGUUUAGGGAAAGACUCGGGGCCUCACACUCUGUGUGAAGACAGCGGCGUCUCAUUUUCCCCCGAGGAGAAGCUGAUCAGCUCAGACCGGUCCUCCACCGGCCCCUCCCCGGUCAACCCCCUCAUGAUGGCUCCUGAGUCUCACCUGGCCUCCUCUAACCCAACAGAGAACUGGGAUUCACCGUUCCUCUCAUCUGAAGGCAACUCCAAGGUCUCCAUGGAUCCCCUCACCAAGGACACCCCUCCCAUUAGCUCCUCCAGAUAUGAGCCAGACGUGUGUGCCAACCAGUCCGAUGACGAUGAAGACCUGAUGUAUGAGGGCAAGAAGAACAGUAACCCGUUUGAGGGCUACUCCCCCUUGGCCGACAGCGGCUACUCCCACUUUGGAGAGUCUGACACCAGGGCAUCCAAAAUGUCCGAGAGUCCCACACCAGAUCUGGUCCAGUACGGGCAGACGGGAGAGUCCCAGGACAACCAACCGUCCAUCCUAGACGAGACGAGUAAGACGGCCAGCGAGUCCCUCAUGGCGUCCAUGAACCAGUUCUCCUCCGGCCUCAAAGAGGAAGAGGACGAAGACGAAGAGGACUCUCCUCUGCCGCCGUCACUUCCGGACAUCUUGAAGUCUUCCCCUCUGAACCCUGACAAAGUGGACUCUGGCUCAUCUGAGGGAAGUCCGGAGCAGAGCCCCAUCCUGGAGCGCCGGAUGAUGGAGUCGCCCAACCCUCCCAUCAACCUGUCCGCCAACAACCCGUUUGCUUUUGAAGCCAAAGUGUCCCUGCUGAAGGAGAUGACGGAGCAGAUGGAGGCCAAAUCUGUAGACAGUCCAAACGGUGAGGACAACAAAAGCUUUGGGGCCUUCGAUCUGGUCAAAGAGGCCGAGGAGACCACCCCGCCGAAGGUCAAAGAAGAGGAACCCGUCCAGAUCGAGCAGAAAGACUGGUUCUCCAGCAACGAUUCUCCCAAAGAGGCCGAAAAGUUCGAGCCGCUUGACUUCCAGAGCAAGACCACCGCUGAAGAUUCAGACUCUGAGUCUCCGACCGCAGACUCCCUGUCCCCUGUCCUGGAGGCCAUGGCCAAGAAUCCAUCCAUCUUCCAGGUGGAAACGGAGACUAAAGACCUAAAGAUGGAGCUGGAGGAACCAGAGGUGGCGGAGGAGGUGUCUGAGCAUGAAGUCUCCUCGGAGGAGUUUGAGUUCAUUGAGAGACCGCCCCGAGGUGUUAUUGACGAGUUCCUCGAAGCUCUGGAUACAUCCAAGUUCUCCUCGCCGAAGCCUCCAGAGAUCCCCAUGGACGAUGACCUCAGCUUCUGUCUGAAGGACACGCCUUCCGUGGCUGCAGCUCCGCCUCCAAAGGUAGCCUCCCCUCCUGAGCCGGAACCAGAAGCUCCGAGUCAGAGCUCCUACCGCCUCCUCACCCAGGCCUCCCCCCAGAAGAGCAAGGCUGAGCUGGAGACGCCCCCCAGCCAGGCUCCCCCCACCCAGCCACCCGCCGGAAAACCAGAGGAGGUGGCGCCCAAGAGGAGCGCCGCGAGCAGCCGAGAGUUUAAGAUGCCCAACCUGAACCUAAGAGCAGUGGUGGAGCUGCUGUACUGGCGUGACGUGAAGACGACGGGCGUGGUGUUCGGCGCCGCCCUGCUGCUGCUGCUGGCGCUGACGGUGUGCAGCAUCGUCAGCGUCUGCUCCUACAUCGGCCUGGCCCUGCUGUCCGUCACCAUCUGCUUCAGGAUAUACAAGGGCAUCCUGCAGGCCAUCCAGAAGUCUGAUGAGGGCCACCCCUUCAAGCAGUACCUGGACCAGGAGGUGGCGCUGUCCGAGGACAUGGUCCAUAAGUACAGCGACGUGGUUCUGGAGAAACUCAACUGGACCAUCGGGGAGCUGAGGCGCCUGUUCCUGGUGGAGGACCUGGUGGACUCCAUCAAGUUUGCUGUUCUGAUGUGGAUCCUGACCUACGUCGGCGCCUUGUUCAACGGGCUCACUCUGCUGAUCCUGGGUGUCGUCGGAGCGUUCAGCUGCCCAAUCGUUUAUGAGAAGCACCAGGCCCAGAUCGAUCACUACCUGGCGCUGGUCAACAACCAGAUCAAGGACGUGGUGGGAAAGGUCCAGGCCAAGGUUCCUGGACUGAAGCGUAAGGCGGAGUGAAGGCUCAGCAGGUCGGCGUCUGGAUUCAGGAAGUUCUGGUGGAGGAUAUGAAGGAGGAAGAGGAGGAGGAGGAGGAGGAAGAGGAGGUUCUGGUGUGGGCGUGGCCCGACUUAAUGUAUUUGUCAGAUUAAUAAAGUUUUUUUUUUUCCAGUUCAGAAUUCCUUAUUUUGUGGUUCUGGGGAAGGUCCGGUCGGUUUGAUGACGAUGAUCCGUUUAUUUACGUUUCUGUGAGCCAAUCAGAGUCCCAGAGGCACGUUAAGCCCCGCCCCCCUCGCCCUCAGCGUACCGCAGGAGGGCGGAGCCGCUCCACCAGGGUCAGGCGGCGCGUCUGGUUCUGGAGCCCAGAUCUUCUGACGGUUCUGCCGGCUGCUGCCAGACGGGCCUCGGACCCCUGGAGGAGGAAGAGGAGGAAGAGGAGGAGGAGGCUAGUACUAAAUCUUCAUCGCUUCUCAGUAGCUGUAGCUAGAACCACGUAGAGCUCGUUAACCUCGUUAGCUCAUCAUCGUCAUCCCCGCCGUCUCCGCCCAGCCGAUUAUUUAACGCCGAACCGGGCCUGGGCCCGGUGGGCCGGUGAGCCGGUACCGCUGGGCGUCUGUGUUCUGAUUGUGAGCGACUUCAUUCUUCACCUGUGCUGGUUCUGUGGAAUGCUCUGUGAGAUGUAAACAGUUAUCAAUAAAGCUUCUAGACCAAGAA